AUGCAUUUCACGUCUCUCGUUGUGGCCGCUCUGUUGAGCGUUGCCCAAGCCGUCAAUGUCCACGUCGUCGCCGUGGGCAAGAACCCCAUGAACAACCAGACGGGCAUCAAGUUCUACCCGGAGAAGCUCACCGCCAAGGCGGGCGACAUGGUGCAGUUCCAGUUCCACGCCGGCAACCACACCGUAACGCAGUCCAACUUUGACCGCCCCUGCGUGCCCCUAUCGACGAGCAACUCGAGCGCCGUCGGCGUCUGGUCGUCCUUUAUGCCCGCCGCCGCCAGCGCCGCCAAGGGCCAGAUCCCCGUCUUCACCAUGAUGGUCAACGACACCAAGCCCAUCUGGCUCUUCUGCAGCCAGGGCCUGCACUGCCAGGAGGGCAUGGUCAUGGUCAUCAACGAGAACAUCCAGGCCAACGCCUCCCGCUCCCUCGACAACUACAAGAAGAUUGCCACCACCGCCGAGAAGGGCAACAUUGAGAUUCCCGGCGGCGGCAGCGGCGGCAACGGCGGCGGCAACGGUGGUGGCAACGGCAACAACGGUGGCGGCAGCAGAACCAGCCCUGGCGGCGUCGGCGGCUCGCCCAGCGGGACCCAGAGCCCGGUGACGUCGGCGCCCAUCAGCGCUGCCGCUCUCCCCAGCUUCCAUCCCUCGACGGCUCUGCUGCUCAUCGGCGCUGCCUUUAUGCUUCUGUAG